UGAGCGGUGGUGAUGUAAUGCUGCUACGGAUGGCGGUGUGUGCCAGGCUCUGUGGAGUGGGUCAGUCGCGGCGGUGCAGGCGGCGGCAGAGGCACAGCCAGGCGGAUCAGGACAGCGACUCCGAGAUGGACAUGGACGACGAGGAGGAAGAGGAGAGGGUCGUGGGCAAAACGAAAGACGAGCCUGAGGGCAGCAGCGUCAGCCGGAGCAGCAGCUGUCAUAACAGCAGGCCUAGCGGAGCCGGUGGACUCGGCUCUGGGGCCUCGGCCUCUGCAGGGCCGCCGCACCCGCAGUCACUGCUGGAUCUGCCGCCGGAGCUCCUGGUGGAGAUCUUCUCUUCUCUACCCGGCGCUGCGCUGCCCAACCUGGCGCUGGUGUGCAAGAAAUUCAGGCAGAUCCUGAACACGGAAACAAUCUGGAGGAGGAGAUGUACAGAGGAAUUUGGUAUGAAAGAUGACCUGCGGAAGAUGGAGAUCGUGGGAAUGUCGAGCCGAGAUCUGUAUGUGAAACUGCUGCAUCCCUAUAGACACAUCCUGGGUCUCUGGCAGCCUGAUAUCGGGCCCUAUGGAGGACUGCUGAAUGUGGUGGUUGACGGGCUGUUCAUCAUAGGCUGGAUGUAUUUACCGCCCCAUGAUCCCCGCGUGGAGGACCCCAUGCGUAGACGGCCACUCUUCCGCAUACAUAUGUGGGAGAAAAACAAAGCCACCAUAGAAUGUAUGUACGGACACAAGGGCCCUCAUAAAGGAGACAUUCAGACUGUGAAGAAAGAUGAAUUUUCCACCAAAUGCAACCAGACGGAUCACCAUCGAAUGCCUGGAGGAAGGCAAGAGGAGUUCAGAACGUGGCUGGAGGAGGAAUGGGGAAGAACAUUGGAGGACAUUUUCCACGAGCACAUGCAGGAGUUGAUCCUCAUGAAGUUCAUUUACACCAGCCAAUACGAUAAUUGCCUGACGUACCGGCGGAUUUAUCUGCCCCCGUGCCUCCCUUCAGACCUCCUGCAGCCGGGCCUCUUCAAAGGGACGUACGGCAGUCACGGCCUGGAGAUCAUCAUGCUGAGCUUCCACGACUCCAAGGCCAAAGCCACCAAACUUACCGGUGACCCCAAUGUCCCAGCAGGUCAGCUGACAUUAGAAAUCGACCUGAACUGCCCGGUGCAUCUGCCGGACCUGGAGCACCAGCGGAGCAUGGAAGAGCUCUCUCGCCUGGUGCUGGAGGUGCAUGAGGAGGCCCAGAGGGGUUUACAGGCCCGGGACGCCCCAUCAGAAGUUGCAGAGGUGGCCCCCCCUCAGGGGGCGGAGGGUUUGCAUUCGGCUCCCCCUGCUGGAGCGGAGGGUGUGGAGCCAGGAGCUGCUGCCUGCAGCGCCGCACCUGAACCACAACCGUUUGUGCUGCCUCUGGGAGUCAUGGCCCGUAAUGAAGUGUAUCCUCGCACCUGCAAGAUGUGUUUUUAUGGAACAGGCCUGAUCGCUGGCCACGGCUUUACGAGUCCAGAGCGCACACCGGGUCUGUUCAUCCUGUUCGAUGACGACCGCUUUGGCUUCAUUUGGCUGGAGCUCAAGUCCUUCAGUCUGUACAGUCGGCUGACCGACCAGCUGUCCCACGCUCAGGCCCCCAGCAUGGAGCGCUUCGAGGCCAUGCUCCGCAACAUGCAGUCAUGGACAUCCUGAUAGCAAACCUCACACUAGCGUUCUCAUCAGGCACAUACUCUAGUAUUACGCUCUGCACCGUCAGGGACCUCCCUGCUGACACACACACACACACACACACACAGCACUCCUGCUCGCAUCCGCACAGGUGUAUUUAAGCCACAUGCCCAUACAUUUGUAUUAUAUUAGGCCUUUCUUAUCAGCUUUUUAAUUAAUUUAUUUUUGUAACCUGGAAAUGGCGACGAAGAUGACGACAAUGUGAAAAUUUGCCCAUAAACUCAGCUGAGCGUGCCUCUGAUACCUUACCGAGAUACUUCAAACUCUCAAAUCCUGUGGUUUUGUGCUUUAGAAAUUUGUCCUUGAUGUGGCAACAUCUGUAGUUGCUUUUAAUUGAUUUUAUUCAGUUAUUUCUUUUUUUAUCUUUAUUUGUAAAAAGUCCACACCAUAUUUGAAAAUGCUUCCAUUUUUUUCUGCCAACACUCACUGAAAACGAAUGACUUCCAGCUGCUUUGUUGCUGCAAAUGUCAAUUUUAUCACCCCAUAAUGCGUCCAUUAAUAAGUACCAUAACACUAAAAAAGCCAAAUUUUCUUAUUUAAAGGAAUAGUUCACCCAAACAUCAAAAUUUGCUGAAAAUGUCCUCAUCCUC